CUCUCUCUGUGGAUGAUCUCUACAAAAGCACUGUCUUGAAAGUUUGUGGGAACUUUAAAGGCUCUUGCUUUUUAUUGAUUUCUUUACUUUACAGAAACUGCAAGUAGUGGUGGAGGUGGAGCUGGUGCUGGUGGGUUUGUUUGUUUGUUGGUGGACAAAGCAUUAAAGAAAGAGUGAUGGGAAGGACACCCUGUUGUGAUAAGAAGGGUUUGAAGAAAGGGCCAUGGACACCAGAGGAAGAUGAGAUUCUCAUUGAUUACAUCAACAAGAAUGGCCAUGGAAGCUGGCGCUUUCUUCCUAAGCUUGCAGGAUUGCUUCGCUGCGGGAAGAGUUGUCGGUUGAGAUGGACAAACUAUCUCAGGCCAGACAUCAAGCGAGGUCCAUUCACUCCAGAGGAAGAGAAGCUUGUCAUUCAACUUCAUGGCAUUCUUGGUAACAGAUGGGCUGCAAUUGCUUCUCAACUUCCAGGCAGAACAGACAAUGAGAUCAAAAAUUUAUGGAACACCCACCUCAAGAAGAGACUACUUUGUAUGGGUCUUGAUCCCCAAACUCAUGAACCAUUCACCUCCCUAGGUCAAAUCAUACAAGCCUCUGCAUCUCCAGCUACAAGGCACAUGGCACAGUGGGAGAGUGCUAGGCUUGAAGCCGAGGCUCGGCUUUCGAAAGAGUCUUUGCUCUUCAAUCCACCAGUUCCAGAAAAAACUGAUUCUGAUCACUUUCUGCGCAUAUGGAACUCUGAAGUUGGACAGUCGUUUCGAAAUUUUGGGAAGGAAGACAACAACAAAACUUCAUGCCAUAGCCCCUCCUCCAUCUCUCAGGCAUCUUCAUGUACAAAAUGUGGAUCAGCCACCACAACUGGAAUUGGUGGUGUUGAUUUAGGGAGGUCCUUGACACCUGUUAGUGAUCAAAAUGAAGAAAUGGAGUACAAGAGCAGUAAAUCAUACCAUGAAGACUUGGUUGGUGGGUCUGAUUCUUCAUGCUUAGAUGACUUGGAGAAUUCAUGUGACACUGCAUUGCAGCUGCUGCUGGACUUUCCAAUUAACAAUGACAUGAGCUUCUUGGAAGGAAAUAUUGAUAACUACACUACUGAGUGUUCUGCAAUGUUAGACUGAAAAUUCCAUGAUCUGUCCUCUUGGAACUGUGACUGGAAGCAUGAGAUAAACAAUUUUGAGCUGUUUUUUUAGCAGUUGGAAAGAGAGGAAGCUGGUCAUGAGUACUGCAUAUAUACUUAUUAUUCCUUGUAACCUCAAUGAAUUUCUUAUCUAUAUAUGUAAUUAUGCAGUGAAACUUUAUAUAUUUUGGAAUUUGGUAGGUUGUAAGAUGGAUAUGCUAUAUAUCAUCACUUGUUGCCUCUGUUUAGUGCAACAUUUCAAAUGUAUGGAAGUAUUUGAGUCAUGCUUGGCUCUAAGUUAGCACAAAUUGAGGGUCAAAUCAAAGUUUUUCAUACAGAAGAACCCAACAAAACAUAGAUUUAAUUGCUAUACAAACAGAGUAUAAUAAAUAUUUUCUGUUCUUGCAGUAAAGGACAGCCACAACACCACUUGAGGAUGAAACAAGAAAUACAAAACAUACAAACAAAAACACUAAAUACAAUUACAACUCCAACAACGGGUACAAAACUAAAAGCAGCCAAAGGCCUUCUUUGGAACCUGUCCAGUAGCGCGAUACUUGGC